UUUAUAAGUAGAGAUCUUGAAGCUCUCGUUUUCUUCAUUCCUCUUCUCUUUUUCCGAGAUUCUUAGAAGUUUUUUCUCGAUUUUUUUUUUUGGAGCAAUUUUCUCGGAAAAUUUUGGGGUUUUCUUUGUUUUUUUCUGGGUCUGAUUUCGGAUCUGUGAAAAGAAUUCGAUGGUUCCGUUUGGGAUUCAGUUGAUAUUUUUAUUUUCCCGAGAAAUUUUGGAUUCUUCUUCUUGUUGAACGUUUGGGGGGGUUUUUUGAUUUAUUGUUUAAUUGGGUUUUUUUUUUGUGGUAAUCAAUGGAAGGUGGUCGCCGGAGGAUUACGCUUUACGAUCAGAUGUUAGCGGUGAGCGACGGCAGAGAGCUCGCAAGUGGUUUUACUCUCAACGACGUUUUGACCAUUCAAAAGAGAGCCUCGCCUAGUCCUUCGCCGGCAGUGAGAUUACACGGCCGGACGUUGCUCGAUAUCAUAAGAGACGACGUAGGAAAAUCCCCUGUUAGUAACCGAGAAAGGAAAUCUUGGAAGUUUUUGAGAGAUCGUCUUCGUUUGAACCUCAGAUCUCAAAUUCCGCCGCCGAAUUCGCUUCGUUUCCCCGGUUUUACGUCGGCGGAUAUGAUGCCAAACGACGAACAGUCGCCAGAACCCACCACUACUGCCGCCGUCUCAGCCGCUCCGUCUCUCCGGCAGAUAUCACGGCGGAAUUCCACGCGGUUCAACCCGAGCGUCCCGCCAUCGUCUGAGGCUACAAAUUCCGAUGCCUCUCCAGAUAACAAUUCCGCCGCCGCCGCAUCCGGCGCCGGUGGCCGGAGCCUCCUCAGACCGCAAAUGUCGCGGCACAACUCGACGAGAUUCUCUGUUGAACGAAGCGAGAGUUUCACAGACUUGACGGAGCCGGCACGUGAGGGCACGCGCCGCCUCUCGGCUGCGUUGGCAGAGGAAAGAUCGAUGUCAGCUAGAGAAGCGGUGGCGGCCCAAGAAGCCGCGGACGCAGAAGCCAUCGCCGACGUAGAAGAACAGGAAGAAGAACAAGAAGCAGAGUCCACGCCGGCGCCGAUGAGAAUGUCACUGAUGGAUCUGUUAGAAGAGACGGACAGGCAAAUGGGGUUUGAAGGGUCAACAUACAGAAUAGAAGAUGAAGAAGAGGAGGAAGAAGAAGAGGAAGAAAUUGAGAAUGAAGUGACCACCGUAUGCGGCGGAGGAGGGGGUGGGGGGACGGAACGGAAUUGCUGCGUGUGCAUGGUACGUCAUAAAGGGGCGGCAUUUAUCCCCUGCGGUCACACCUUUUGUAGGCUUUGUUCAAGAGAGCUUUGGGUGAGUAGAGGGAACUGUCCACUUUGCAAUGGCUUCAUUUUGGAGAUUCUUGACAUCUUUUGAUUUUCACAAAUUAAAUUGAAAUUUGAACUUCUUUCUUCAUUUUUUUCAAUGCCUUAUUGAAUGAAAUAUUUGUGAAUACUCUUUGAAUGAA